AUGCGUUAUCGACAACGCAAUGUACAGGAAUCAGAGAAAACGAAAAUAAAAAAGUUGUUUAACUCCAAUGACGCGUUAAGUACACAUGAACAAGAAGAAGUACUGAAGUAUCUUGCAAACUCUCUACACUCUAGUGUGAUGUGUGUGCGAGUACUCGCCGUACUGCAGUUACUUCUCGGUAUCUUGUAUGUAUGUUUGUUAGCGGCGGGGUAUCCAUUAGUGUAUGCGGUGUUUGAUGAGGCCCUCACUCAACCCUUUACAACGACAACCUCCACAUCUUCCUUUAAACUCUUAACAAAAGAAGGGGCGGUGGCCAUCACACUUGCAGCCUUUUUUUUAUUUUCCGGUGGUUUAGGGGUAUUACGUGCCUGUCGUCGUACACUUUGUUUAGAUGUAGAGGCUCUUCUUCAGGGUUCUAUAGUAACAACAUCAACAUCAUCAUCUUCUUCUUCUUCUUUACAUAUGAAGCAUAAUAAGAAGAAUGAUCGUGUGUGGGAAUGGUGGGUUGUGGGAGAUACACCGCGGCGUCAGUACACAUUGGCUUUUCUUUCACUAUGGCCUUGUGUCUAUUGGUUGUAUGUUAUGCAUGCCUAUCACAGACAUCUUGCUCAGAAAGAAGGGGUCAUGUUUAGUCUAACGGAUAAUUGGAUGGAGUUUGUGUUGGUGCUUUGGCAGCCGUUUAUGCAUAUUAUUAUUGGCAGGAUGCUUAGUUCUACCAUUACUGGAAGAGAAGAUCUCAUACGUCUGGCGAAGAUGAAAUAUCAAUAUGAUAAACUCUAA